AGCACUGCGUGGCCGGCCGGGACUUCGGCACGGCCUACGCGCACUACCUGCUGGUGCUCAGCCUGGCGCCCGAGCUGCGGGACGACGUCAAGGAAACCUUUCAGUAUACCCUCCUCAAGUGGGCAGAAGAACUGGAUUCUCUGAAUCGAGUACAAGACUUAUUUGGUUGCUAUGAGCAGGCCUUGGAACUUUUUCCUGAUGAUGAAGUGAUUUGUAACAGUAUAGGGGAACAUUUGUUCAGAAUGGGCUUUAGAGAUGAAGCAGCUGGCUAUUUCCACAAAGCGGUAAAGCUAAAUCCUGACUACAGUGAUGCAAAGGAAAAUUUUUAUCGUGUUGCAAACUGGCUGGUGGAACGCUGGCACUUUAUCAUGCUUAAUGACAUCAAGAGGAAUAUGACUUACCAUUCAGCAAUCCAGAAGGUUGUUCGCUUGGGAUGCAAAACUGUUCUGGAUAUUGGAGCAGGAACUGGAAUACUAAGCAUGUUUGCUAAAAAUGCUGGUGCACACCGGGUCUAUGCCUGUGAACUCUCUAAGACCAUGUAUGAGAUCUCUCGUGACAUAGUGGCAGCAAACAAGAUGGAAACAGGGAUCAAACUAUUACAUAUGAAGUCUCUGGAUAUAGAAGUUCCUAAGCACAUUCCUGAAAGAGUUUCCCUAGUUGUAACAGAAACUGUCGAUGCAGGUUUGUUUGGAGAAGGAAUUGUGGAGAGCUUGAUUCAUGCGUGGGAACAUUUACUUUUGCAACCAAAGCCUAAAGGUAAAGAUGGUAAUUGUGAAGAAUAUGGACAAGUCAUACCUGCAGGUGCAAUUGUAUUUGGGAUGGCAGUACAGUGUACAGAGAUACGAAGACAUCACAGGCUGGGUGUUCAGGAUGUUGCUGGUGUUCAUUUACCAGCAUCUGUGAAAUUUCAGAGUCUCGCAUAUUCUUCUGUAGAUUCUGAAGAAACAGCUGAACCUUAUACAACUGAAAAAAUAAGUCGAGUUCCUGGGGGCUAUUUACCUCUUACAGAGUCCUUUGAAACUAUGAGAGUAGAUUUCAAUAAUCUUCAGGAACUAAAAAGCCUUGCAACCAAAAAGCCUCAUCAGAUAAGUGUUCCUGUCAUACAGGAAGGAGUGCUAGAUGCCAUCAUAGUUUGGUUUGUGCUUCAGCUUGAUGAUGAACACAGUUUAUCAACAAGUCCUCAUGAAGAGACAUGUUGGGAACAAGCUGUCUACCCUGUGCAGAACCUCCCAGAUUAUUUUGUGAAGCCUGGAGACCAUGUGAUGAUGGAAGUUUCCUGCCAGGACUGUUACCUAAGAAUCCAGAAUAUUCAUAUUUUAAAUGCUGAUCAUGGAACGGAUGUUGAGAGAGGUUCCAACAAAAAUGAGGAAGAGUCUCUUGUUUUACGCAGUGAGGCCGAACUCUGUAGUGCCCUGGCUAGCCUUCAAACCAGUAAACCAGAUGAAAUCAGGCAGAUAUGCACAUUGGAAUCCACAGAAAUAGCUUUGCUUAACAAUGUUCCCUAUCAUGAAGGAUUUAAAGCUGCCAUGAGCAAAGUGCUGACAGCAUUGACCCCAAAUAAACAGAUGGAUGUUGAAGGUAUUGGUGGUGAAAUGAACUCUGGAAAUUCGCAAGAUAGAAAUUCCCUACAUAUCGCCCCUGACCCUUUCUAUGUGUUAGAUGUGUCUGAGGGCUUUUCCAUUCUGCCCAUAAUUGCUGGGACACUGGGGCCAGUAAAGCCAUACAGUUCUGUGGAAAAAGAACAGCACCGUCUCACUCUUGAUCUCAUUUCUGAAGCCAACCACUUUCCUAGAGACACACUCGAAUUUUGGUUGAGAUGUGUGGAAGAUGACUGUGCAGUUCUGCAGAGACCAAAAUCAGACAAACUCUGGAGUAUUAUCAUCUUGGAUGUCAUUGAGACGUCUGGCCUUAUUCAACAAGAGAUGAUGGAAAAGGCAGCAAUAUCCAGAUGUUUAUUACAAUCUGGAGGCAAAAUUUUUCCUCAGUAUGUACUAAUGUUGGGGAUGCUUGUGGAAUCACAGACACUGGUUGAAGAGAAUGCUGUUCAAGGGACUGAGCCAACUCUUGGAUUGAAUAUAGCACCUUUCAUUAACCAGUUCCAGGUUCCUGUACGAGUAUUUUUGGACCUUUCCACUUUGCCCUGUAUUCCUUUAAGCAAGCCAGCUGAACUGCUAAGAUUAGAUUUGAUGAAUCCAUAUUUGAACAAUUCUAACAGAGAAGUGAAGGUGCAGAUUUGUAAAUCUGGACAAGUGACUGCCAUUCCAUUCUGGUAUCAUGUGUAUCUUGAUGAAGAGAUUAGUCUGGAUACAUCAAGUGAAACCUCACACUGGAAACAAGCUGCAGUUGUAUUAGAUAAUCCCAUCCCAGUUGAAAUUGGACAAGAGGUUGUCCUCAACAUUCAGCACCACAAAAGCAACAUUAGCAUCACAGUGAAACAGUAAAAGGCCUGCAGUCAGGCAAUUAGAUUGUUAUAGCUUUAAUCAAUAGUGGGUUUGUAUUUCAUAAAACUGAUUUAAAAAAUCAUUCAUUGUAAUGGCCCAUCUAAUAUGUUUUUAGAAAAUACACAGAAAUAAAACUUUUUAUGUAAAA